GAAGGACGGCAGGGACAAGGGCUGCUGCGCCGCGCUGCUCCAGCACAAGACCCCCCAGGCCAUCGGCAAAGGCGUCCUGAGCCGGAGAGCGGAGAAUGAAACAGUUUUACACCAGUUCUGUUGCCCAGCAGCUGAUGCAGAGCAGAAGCCUUCAUCUCCAGACUCCUCACCAAGUGACGACCCCAGCGGUCCCAGCAGCACGAGAGCCGGCUGUGAAACGGAGGAUCCGAAGGAGGCCGGCAGACAGAGUGGCCAGGAAGGCAGGUCCGACACCCUGACGCUAAAAGCCCAGCGGGAGGAGCUCCAAGAAGAGCAGGCAGCGGGGGGUUCCCCUCUGGUGCAGAAGGCGAGCCUCCACCACACGGGCUCCCCUGUGCGAGUGCAGCGCAGCAAAGGGACGGCCUCGUGUUCCCAUGCGGCUGCCUCCGAUUAUGAGCUCUCCCUUGACCUAAAGAAUAAACAGAUCGAAAUGCUAGAGCACAAAUACGGCGGCCACCUGGUGUCUCGCAGGGCAGCUUGCACCAUCCAGACCGCCUUCAGGCAGUACCAGCUCAGCAAGAACUUUGAGAAGAUCCGCAACUCCCUGCUGGAGAGCCGCAUGCCGCGCCGCAUCUCCCUGCGGAAAGUGCGCGUCCAGAACUCGGAGAGCUUCUCCGCAGAGAAGGCCCUGGUGGAGGGCUACAACUUCGUGGGCAUCCCGCUGGUGAGGUCCCCGUCCCUGCCAGCCACCAUCAGUGGGGCGCUGACUGAGCUGGAGGACUCCUUCACGGAACAAGUUCAGUCCCUGGCCAAAUCCAUCGAUGAUGCCCUCAGCACCUGGAGCCUGAAGACCAUGUGCUCCCUGCAGGACGGGGGCUCCUACCAGAUCAGGGAGACCUUCAGCGCCAGCUCCAUGCAGCCAAACCAAGACUUAGAAGCUGAGCUGCAGGAUCAGGAGAAGGAGGAAGGUCUCCUGCCAGAUACUCUACCCAAGAGCAGCAGCACUCUCAUGAUGGCUUUUCGAGAUGUCACAGUCCAGAUCGACAACAAGAACAUCUCUGUCUCAUCAUCUACCUCGGUGUCCAUGGCAAACUGUCUCAGCAGCAACGACCAGGCUGGGCUCUCUCCAGCCACCAAGGCUGAAGAAAGCCCAGAAGAAGGGGAGGGAGAAGCCAGUGAACUGCCCUCUGCCCCAGAGAGCUUACCUGAGAACAGCCUCCCUUCCACCGAGGUGGAUGUCAGUACCAAUGGCACGGGGGACAGCAGUGCUGAGCCGGAUCAGAUGGCCGUGCAGAAGCUCCAGUUUGAUGCAAGCAAUGAGGCAGGGCAAAGCAAAGGCUUGGAGUCUGAGAAUGCAGACAACUCAGAGCAGCUGAGCAGCAGCAGCACCUCCACCUCAGCCAAGUCAGCCUCUGAGGUAUCCUCAAAAGAAGCCCUGCAGGCCAUGAUCCUCAGUCUGCCGAGGUACCACUGCGAGAACCCAGCCAGCUGCAAGUCCCCCACACUUUCCACAGACACCAUGAGGAAACGCCUUUACCGCAUUGGACUGAACCUCUUCAACAUAAACCCAGACAAAGGGAUCCAGUUCCUGAUCUCCCGAGGCUUCAUCCCAGACACCCCCAUUGGGGUGGCACAUUUCCUGCUCCAGCGGAAGGGCCUCAGCCGCCAGAUGAUCGGGGAAUUCCUGGGCAACAGCAAGAAGCAGUUCAACAGGGACGUCCUGGACUGUGUGGUGGACGAGAUGGACUUCUCAGGCAUGGAGCUGGACGAAGCCCUGCGGAAAUUCCAGGCCCACAUCCGUGUGCAGGGGGAAGCUCAGAAGGUGGAGCGGCUCAUCGAGGCUUUCAGCCAGAGGUACUGCAUGUGCAACCCAGAUGUGGUCCAGCAGUUCCACAACCCGGACACCAUCUUCAUCUUGGCCUUUGCAAUCAUCCUGCUCAACACAGACAUGUACAGCCCCAACAUCAAGCCUGACAGGAAGAUGAUGCUGGAGGACUUCAUCCGCAAUCUGAGAGGGGUGGACGACGGUGCUGACAUCCCUCGGGAUCUGGUGGUGGGGAUCUAUGAGAGGAUCCAGCAGAAAGAGCUGAAAUCUAAUGAGGACCAUGUAACUUAUGUCACCAAAGUGGAGAAGUCCAUAGUUGGAAUGAAAACGGUGCUGUCGGUGCCCCACCGCCGGCUGGUGUGCUGCAGCCGCCUCUACGAAGUGACCGAUGUCAACAAAGUGCAGAAGCAGGCAGCUCACCAAAGGGAAGUUUUCCUCUUCAAUGACCUGCUGGUGAUCCUCAAGCUCUGCCCGAAGAAGAAAAGCUCCUCAACGUACACGUUCUGCAAGUCAGUUGGCCUGCUAGGGAUGCAGUUCCAUCUCUUUGAGAAUGAGUAUUACCCCCAUGGCAUUACACUGGUGACUCCAGUUUCAGGCUCAGAGAAGAAACAGGUACUACACUUCUGUGCCCUGGGUGCUGAGGAAAUGCAGAAGUUUGUGGAAGACCUGAAAGAGUCAAUAGCAGAAGUGACAGAACUGGAACAGAUACGAAUUGAAUGGGAACUGGAGAAACAGCAAGGGACAAAGACUCUCUCCUUAAGGACCAAUGGAGCCCAGAUGGAACUGCAGUCUAAGCAAGGCUCUCCAACAGGCAAGAAGGAUUUGGGGGAGAAGGUCUCGGACAGCACAGUGGAGGUGUCAAUUCACAACAGGCUUCAAACGUACCAGCACAACUCCGCCCUGGGGCCCGAGAGUGGAAUGCAGCCCAGCAUGCGUCUUAACAUGCCACGGGAGCGGCUGGAGACAGCUCUGGUGCCCUCACACCCUGCCUCAGCAGGGACACUUGUACAGUGCCAGCAGAUUGUCAAAGUCAUUGUCCUGGACAAGCCGUGCCUCGCUCGGAUGGAGCCGGCCCUCAACCAGACUCUGACACGCUAUGUCACCUCUGACUCGUGCACCUCCACCCCCUGGCGUGGUGUGGGCAGUGGGCUCCCUGGGACCCCCGUGAAGCUGGUCAAUCAGCCUCCCCUGCCACCUCCACCCCCUCCCUACAACCACCCCCACCAGUACUGUCCCCCCAGCUCGCUGCUUCAGAGGCGCAGGUACUCCAGUGGCUCACGCAGCCUCGUGUAGCCACACCACCAGCACCAAACAGCACAGACCUCCCCACUUCCCCUCCCCACCGCCUCCCAGGGACCCUUUCUGCCUACAGAGAUCUAGUUUGUGAUUUAUUUUUUAGUAAAAUGAGAAGAAAAGAAAAGAAAAAAAAAAAAGCCAACUGACCUAACUCUUGCCCUGUCUCCCCUCAAGAUGAUGCUGUUUGUACGGAGCCAUCUAUAGAAACUGCCAACCUUCAUGCUCACAUGCCCUGACACCCUGCCAGCCCCACUGGCCUCUGUGCUCGUGCUGUCCCCAUGUAGCACUUUGCUGCCCUGCUCCUCAGAGCCUUGAUGACCUGCUGCUUCCUAGGCACCGUUGUCUUCCGUUUCCCACUCCUCGACUUCCUUUCCUGCCUUGUGUUUACCUGGCCACAGGUUUGUACCCACCCUGAAAUUUCGCCAGUCUCGGAGAGAAAUGGACUCACCCAUGCCAAGGACUGACCUUGGGGCACUCCUGGGGGUGGAGUUCUGCCUGCCACCAUCUCUGCCACCUGCUAAGCUGGAGUGAGAACUUGCACCACUUGCCACGCUUCCUCCUCAUUGCUCUCCAAGUAUUAUCUCCCUGCAGCAGCCGCUUCCAAAUGAAGGAGUGCACGAGUGGAAGAGAGCUUGAGAGGAGGAGGGGGGACUGUCCUGAGCUGCAGUACAACACAAAGAUGGCCUCACUGAACACCAAAACUUUUUCUGUUGUUAUGUUGGAGCAUUGUACCAGAGACCUCUGCUGAGACCUAGCAGACCUCACCACAUGUAAAUAUACCUGUAUGGUAGCAUAUGUAUGAGCAUGCUUACUAAGGAAACACCAAGCAGUUCUGAGGGAGCAGAAGGGAGGGCUUCAGUCCAGGGAUCUUCCUGGAAUGGAUGUGUACUUUCCCAAAGAGAUGGCACUGAGAGGUGCCCUCCCACCUACACACACACACACACACACACACCACUGUCUUCUCUAAAACAGACCCACCUCUGCUUUCCUUCUUCUGGCUGGUUUUCUUUCCUGCCCACCCACAUUUCUGUACUCUGAAAGCAAAGCUGAGUGUUACGUUCACCUUUCUAGGGCGAAGUGUUCCAUUCACUUGGGCUCUUCCACCUGUGUUAGAGGGAAGGGCCUUUUUGGAGACUACUCAUGUGAGAUCCCAUCUGUAUCUCUUGCCUGGCUAUAUUCUUACCUCCAUCAGCCCUUCCUAUAAGAAGGCUGCCCAGAUACCAGGCUCCAAGGCCUCUUCUCUCUCACUCUUUAUCUCAGCUUCAAAGUGAGAGGAGGGGCAGAUCCUGAGAUAGACGUGACAGCUCAGCUCCUCUGCUUUACUGGGGACAUUGAUGUGAAGGAAGACAGCAUUAAAAACGGGCUGUAGAUGUAUUUUUAGAAAAAAAAAUCUCUUUGUGCACUAGGGAGGGGAAAGUAUUAAUUAGCUUAAAGGCUUUAGUCUCACUCAUUCUAUCUCCCUUCAAGGUUUAAGAAGAUCAACUUUAGGAUUCUAAAAUAGGACAGAAUCCUUUUUAGGACCUUUAUUUUUAUUUUAUUUUAUGAGGGAAAGACAGAAAUGCUCUUCCUUCCCAUGUAAGUGAGACAUGAGCACUGAGUGCUGAUGAUGUAAUGGCAGGGUGAGGAAUGGCAGGAGUUGUUGCCAGUGGUGGGGAUGUGCAAAAUGUCAGGAAAAGGGGGACAGCGAAGACAGAAGCAGAAAACUUUUUUUACCUUGUGGGGUAAAAUCCACACAGCAAUUUCCUUAGGGACUGUGCCAGUGUGCUCAUCUCCAGGGCUGUUGCCAGUGACAAAAGCCACAGUGCAUCAGGGACAGGCUCAGCUCCCCUCGGUGCUCCCUGAAUACUUGCUGGCUGUGCUGGAACGUUCAGGGAGAGAGUUCACAUGUGUGACCUGGGCAGAAGCCCAGCUGGAGUUAGGGAAACACACAGGGACUGGGGUGACUGGUCUGGCCCUCCAGGGCAGGAGCCUGCUCACUUCCAGUUCCCUCUG